AUGUCCAUACAGAGUUUGAUCCAAAUUUCAGAUAAAACGGCGCUAAUUGUUCCUGAGACUAAGCUUGAGCUUAGCUACUUUCAGCUAAACAGUAUUGUCUAUCAUCUCCAAUCGAUCUUCACAAACUCCGUCUCUCCCCUUUCCCGUAAGGGGUCACAGAAACAAUUGAGGAUCGCAACCUGUCUGCCAAACGGACUCGAGCUGGUUGCCUCAUUUCUUGCUGUUGCCACAGCAGGAAACGUGAUCACGCCGUUAAAUCCAAAAUACACAAGAUCGGAGUUUGUCGGCUAUCUCUCUGACCUGCAAACGGACGCUGUCAUCGUUCCUCGCUACGGCCACCUGAAGCCUGACUCAGAGGUUGUUUCUGCUGCCCGGGCAAUCCCUACAAAGCCCUUUAUUAUUGAAAUCUGGUACGACACAGCACGGUCCUUGCUUCAGUACGAGAUAUUCCAUCCAGAAACAUUGGCAUCUAUGUACAAUUCAGUUAUCGACAAAUCAGGUCUACCUCCUAAAGAAGCAGGAAGCCAGAUGCCAGGCCUUGCCAAAAACACGGAUAUUGCAUUGAUAUUGUUCACAAGUGGCACCACAGGGAAAGCAAAGAAAGUCCCCUUGACGCAUUCCAAUCUCACUAGCUCAAUGAUAAAUAUCAUUAAAUCGUACAAACUAAGAAGCCGGGACAGAAAUUAUGUGAUCAUGCCUUUAUUCCACAUCCACGGACUCCAGGUUCUAUUAGCGUCCCUCGCAUCACAAGGGUCCGUUGUCGUCCCAAAUCGCUUUUCCGCAUCUAAGUUCUACCCGCAACUAAGAGAAUGGAAUUUCAACUGGUACUCGGCCGUCCCAACUAUCCAUAUCAUCCUGCUGAAUCGCCGUCUUCCCAAAGAACUCAAAGGAAAGCUGCGGUUCAUCAGGUCUUGUUCCUCCUCGUUGCCGUCAGCCGUCUUCACCGAGCUUGAAUCGAGUUUUGGAUGUCCUGUGGUGGAAGCCUACGGCAUGACUGAGGCAUCGCAUCAAGUGACUUCAAAUAACAUACCAUUCCACGGCAAGAUACCCAGAAAGGCUGGCACAGUUGGCAUUCCUCAAGGAUCUGUGGAAGUCAUAAUCAUUGAUGAAAAUGAGGCAAACCUGAACAAGUGCCAAGUUGGACAAGUAGCUAUUUCCGGACCCAAUGUCACACUGGGAUAUCUGCAAAAUGAAUCUGCAAACAAAGAGUCGUUCUUCAAUUUUCACGGAAAACGCUUCUUCAAAACGGGUGAUCUUGGAAUGUUUGAUAAUGAAGGACGACUAGUCCUCAAGGGAAGAAUAAAAGAGAUCAUCAAUAAAGGUGGAGAAAAAAUCUCACCGGUUGAAAUUGAUUCAGUGGUGAGCUCGCAUGAGAAAGUGAAGGACUGCGUCUCCUUCGGAUAUCCCGACAAGAAGUAUGGAGAGAAUAUUGGAUGUGGUAUAGUUUGCAAGAACGGCACCUCGUUGACCGAAACCGAAUUGAAAACGUGGCUUCAGGGUAGAUUGGCAGGCUUCAAGCUACCACAAAAGGUUUACAUUGUUCAGGAAUUGCCCAAAUCUCCAACCGGUAAAAUUAACAGGAGGCUAAUGAGCCAGGUCUUUGGCCUAGAUGCAAAAGUUUAG